GGGGGUCCCAGCUGGAGCUCCUGGAAGGGUGCGCUGGAUGGCACGGCCCAGAGAGCCCGUGGGGCUGUUCUGAGGGGCCCAGAGAGGAGGAGGUGGGAGCCUGGGUCGGGCACAGGGAGCCCGGGGCUCACGGCCAGCGCCUCCCCCGUGCCUCCCCCCGCCUGGCCCUGCCAUCCUGCCAUCCUCCGCUGGGGGAGGGAGGGAGCUGUCUGGAUGGGGGCCCGCGCUGGCCAGUACCGUUGCCAGGACACCAAGGGUGGCCUUUGUCGCUGUCAACAAUGGCCCCACAGGCCUUCCAGGCAUGAGAGCCCCUGGGGACCCAGAGGCAGACAUGCAGACCCUGCGGCGGGAGGCUGCCAGGCCCUACGUCCCCCGGGGGACCCUCGAAGCAGAUUUCCCAGCACCUCUGUACAGCGACGACUACCUGUCCGUGGAGGGGCCCCGCUGGACACCGGCCACCAGGCAGGCAGUGCGCUGGAAGUACGCCCCCAUGGGGCACGACGCCGCCGGUCAGCUGGGCUACACCGGCCUGACCAAUUCCGAGUCCCGGGAAGCCUGGUACACGGUCCCACGGGCUCCGGACAGCCCAUACCGCGAGGCCUACACGCGAUGGCAUGGACAUCACAGCCACCGGGAGCAAAGCAUGCCCCCCGCCUACACGCAGCGCCUCCGGGAGACCGCCUGGUACGACCCUGUCCUCCCUGCCCAGUGCAGGGCCCCCAGCACGCGGUGGGGGAGCACGCUGUGGCCGGACAGACCCAGCCGGGGCAAGGAAUACGUGGUCAACAGGCACUGGUACCGGGCGGAGCCGCCGUGGCAGGGGUCUGACGACAUGCCGUUCCUGUCAGCGCCCCGGUGCCUGCGCCACCCCACGCAGAACUACAGGCAAUGGGACCUGGAACCUUACUGUCCCUCCACCAUCCAACGGCCCCCAUCCGUCUACACGCCCACCCACUGA